GCCUUGACAGAAGCUGCAACCGAGAUGGGCGGCCUCUUUUUCGGGCGUCAUUCCCACCUGCAUGGCCAACUGCCACACUGCGUGGACGACAAGGUUGAGAACUUAAUCGGCUUCCACUGCUGCGACUCGGAAUUUCUGGCUGCAGCUCAGGACGACGAGGAUGCAGUGCCAGUCGAGCUGGGUGCGGGGGAAGCCAGUUUGCACACCUUCCGCACUUUGCACUGGUCUGGUCCCAACCUGACCAACGAAAGGCGCGUCGGCCUGGCCAUCCGCUACGUGCGCGCGGACGUGGGGAGGAACCGGAAGCUUCCAUGCAGAGAGAGUGCGAUGUUAGCCUGUGGGUCCUAUGACCCGGCUCACGGUGCAUUCGACCUGGAGCCUCCGCCGACAUGCGACGCUGGGCCCAAAGAGCGGGAGGUCCAUGCAGAUGCCCUGGCAAGAGAGCGUGAGAACUACUCCGUAGACCUGGAUGCAGCGUCCGACCCUGGCUGA